AUGGCCGCACACAGGGGCAGUCAGGCCAACGAACCAGAGGAGGUCAGACCAGCAGAGCUGUGCAGGCUGAUGGCUCUGACCACAGGCCGGGUGCUGACGCAGAAGAAAACAGAGGGCCGGCCGGGGAACUGGGAAUCUGUUGAUCUGUUGCUUCGAGUCGACUUGUGGUGUAUCGCUGCACGACCACACAAGGAGUGCCCUAAGAAUGUAACAGCAUGGCAAAAGGGGGAUCGCAUCAGCUUGCUCAGGGGUGAAACCAAGGUGGCACACAUCGAAGGCAAAGACGAGUGGUCUGUGACCAAUGGGGAUGACAGGCAGGAGUUCAAAGCCAUGUCGACAGCUGAGGCAGCCCGAUGGGUGGCUGCUUUGCAGCGUAGAGUGUGUUCAUGGAGCGAACUGCUGCAAGACCAAGAAGCCGUGGAGGAGGGGCUGCCAGAUGACAGCAGCCAUUGCGAUGAGGUGCCUGGACCCAUCCCUCUGGUUCAAUUGGAAGCCACUCAGGAGAUGGUGAAGGCACUGGGAGUGGCUGCAAGCUUCGCAAAAGAGGUGCUGGGCACGAUGCCCAUCGCUGGGCCAGUUCUGUCUCUGCUGGGAUUUGCCUUGGAGGUAGUUCAUCGGGAUGUGGCCGACGUCGCGGAACUUCGCCCAGCAAAGUCGGCACUUGAGGAAGUGGCGAAGCUGACGAUUCAGACGCUGCACAGGGCACUGAAGAUGAGAGAUGAAGAAUAUGAAUGUGAGCUUUCAAAUGUACUGCAGAUGAUCGAAAGCGCUGCGCGAAUGCUGGAGAGUCAUGAACACAGGUCUGCAUGGAGGAGGACCAAGCAGGCAGUACUGCAAUCGGGCAGAGGGCCAUCGGCUGUUCUGGAGUUGCUGAAGCAGUGUCAAGAACGCCUCAACACCCUCAAGAUCCACCAAGUGGAGAAGCUCCAGAUUUCAG